AAUACAUUAUUUGAUCAAUCUUUCAUUAUUGAAUAUCAAUAAAUACAUUCAAUUAAAAUAUCAACAGUUGUGUUCAUAUGAAAAAUGUGUAAAUAAGAAUGGUAUUUGAGAACAAACAGAUUAAGUAUUAAACUCUGACAAUAUAAAAUUCUUUACUACUUAAAAUAAAUUAACCUCUUAUCAUACAUAUUGUACAUACCUCCUUAGAGACAUAUAGAUAUACCGCAUAACUGCGAGUUAAGCAAUUAAUUUUAAUGACUCAGAUUUAUCCUUGUCAUUCUUCAUUUAUUUUAUUUUUCUUUUUUUUCUCUACGUGUCAGUGCCUACUAAAGUAAUGCAUUGCUUAUCUAUAGUUUCGUGGUUACACUGUAGUUAUAUAGUCUUCAUUCUGUUCACAUAACACUCACAAGCUCAACGUUGAUAAUUGUGUCAAUUACAAAAAAGUACUUCUCACUAAAUUAUUACAGUACUUAUUAUUACAAAUAUCUUAUAUUACAUUCAAUGAUGUAUUAAAUAAAAUAAUACAAGUAAACAUAUUACAUUGGUUUUAAAUUAAUUUCAUGGAUGUUCAACAAUUAAAAAAACAAAAUGUUAUCACAAAAAUUAAGUAACAGAAAACUGCUAGUGGAUGUAUUGGCAGUGAUGUUCGGUAUUGGAUCAUGGAUUGGAAUUAAUGGUGUUUUCAUCGAAAUACCUCUUUUAGUCCAAUUAGCACCUGAAGGAUGGAGUCUUCCAGCUUAUAUUGUUAUGGUAGUACAAAUUGCAAAUUUGGGACCAAUACUUUAUACGUUAUUUACAAAAUAUUCAUCGUGGUCUCGUGAUGAUUACAUUAUUUAUACGCUUUUAGGAGUAGCAGCAACAUCAGUUUUCAUUCUAGCUUUCACGUACAAAUCAACUUCUAUUAUAUCGGGAACUAAACAUUCAACAGUACUUUUAAGUUUUAUGUUUCUGAUAGCAAUUGUUGGAUGUACCAGUUCGGUAUUAUUCAUGCCAUACAUGAGAAACUUUAGAGAAAUAUAUUUAAUAUCUUAUCUAGUUGGUGAGAGUUUAAGUGGGUUUUUACCAAGUAUUCUAGCUCUUAUUCAAGGAGUUGGAGGCAAUGCACAAUGUAGAAAUGUAACAAAACCUGGCCAACCUCAACGAUUUGAAGAAUACUAUCCUGAUCCGAGAUUUUCAUUAGAAACUUUUUUCAUUAUCUUGGGUACACUCUUGUGGAUGAGUUUUCUAUCUUUCAUAGGACUCAAUAAGUUCCAAAUAGCACUUAAUGAACGCGUGAAACCAGCUGGAUGUACUGAAACACUGCCAACAGAUAUCAAUGCACCACCUAGUUACAAGACAUCAACAGAGUGGCGUAUGUCUAAGCAAAUGUACUUAUAUUUAUUAAGUAUUAUGGGAAUAAUUUGUUUCUUAGGGCACACUGCUCUAGCAAGUAUUCAGUCAUAUUCGUGCUUACCAUAUGGUAAUAUUGCCUAUCACUUAACUGUUACUUUAGCAUCAAUGGCUCAACCUCUUAGCAUGUGUGUAGGAUUUAUUAGAACAUCUCCAGUUUCAGUAAGAGUUGUAUCUCUGCUGACAGUAUUUGUUAUUAUAAUUUCUAGUAUAAUUUUAUAUUUGGCUGUGCAAUCACCAAACCCACCAUUACAAGACUCGUGGUUGGGUCCAUUUAUAAUAGUUAUUCUUUGGGUGAUAACAUACAGUUUAAUAGGAUUCUUAAAAAUGUCAAUAACGACACUAUUCAGACCUGAUCCUGGUCGAGGUCUUUAUUACACUGGUGUUGCCACCCAAGUUGGUUCAUUAGCAGGUGCAAUUACUUCUUUUGCGUUAGUUAAUUAUACCGAAAUAUUUAAAAGCUAUUCUCCUUGUACUAUUCUUAAUCAGACAUAAAGUUUUAUUACUAUGUUUAUUAUCAUAGCAAUUAUUAUAAAUCAAUUUUGAACUUGUGACGGGAUAUUUAUGUUCAUAAACUCCAAAAUGUGCUGUUAUCAGUGGUUAGAUUAUCGUUACUUCGUAAAAUAAUUAAAUAAAUUAUCACUGAUGUCUAUUUUUGUAAUUAAUAAAUCGUUUACUUAAAUUGUUAUCUUAGAGGCUUUCAUUCUCAGGAUAACUAUACAUUGUUUAAAAAAAAUGUAUGUAAA